CACAUCUGGGAUGGCAUGAGGGUGCGUAAAUGAUGAGAGAAUUUUCAUUUUUGGGUGAACUAUCCCUUUAAGGGUGAACAAAACGUCACGACUGAUUUAUGAUCAGUGUAGCGCCGCAGCCUGUUUGCGCAAUGCACGUAUUUAAUAGACAUGAAUGUGGGACGAAUGAGGUGUCAUAUAUAUUAUUCACUUCCUAGUUGCACCAAUAGGAAAAGGCGGCGUUAUAGUUGUUGUUUUUUGCCCAAUCGAAGUAAACAAAGGGGGCGGGAGCAAAGAUAGUGGGUAGCAACAGUUGCCCGGGUGAGGACGAAGCGCCAUAGCCACGGUAGUCGUGGUGACAAGAACCCAGCAACGAGAAUCAACAACAACAACAACCCGAUUCAUUGAAAACGGGUAUUAAGUCAAAAGUACCCGCUGGAAAAGUCACGCGGAAUAAGAGUCCAAUGGCAACUCCAACUUAUGUGAGGGAGCUGCAGCAGCCCUCCCAGCCUCAGGGGGGCAUUGUGACUUCAACAACAGCACAGACAACCACCGUGACGGCAGCUCCACAACACUUCCUGGCUGAACUUCAGACUACAGGGGCCUCCGCCUCAGCUGCCCCACCUGCCGACCAGACCACGCCCCCUCCGACACAUUCACAGAAGAGCCAGGCAAUUGUUCAGACCCCGCCCACACAGGCUAUACCCACUCAGACGCAAUACGUCACAGCUGAGAUUCAAUGCUCACCUACGCAGUCCAGCAAUGCCCAGAAUACUCCACAGUACAUUGUUGUCACAGUUACAGAGGGAUCUCUUCAUUCCAAUGACUCUGUGUCUGAAUCUAGUCCUCCUGCAACUCUAGUACAGACUGGAGUUCCUACACAGGUUGUGCAGCAGGUUCAGACCGUCCAACAGAGGUCAGUGGUUCAGGCCACAUCUCAGCCAACAAAAACAGAGCCGAGCACCCAGCUGAAUGUCACAAGCCUACAAUCCGUGCAUCUGACACAGGAGGUACAGCAGCAACUCCAACAGGUUCCAGUCCAGCAUGUGUAUGCUAACCAGGUGCAGUAUGUGGAAGGAGGAGACACGAACUACACCACCAGCACCAUUCGUUCUAGCAGUUUCCCCUACACAGAGAGCCCUCUGUACACCCAAACCACUGCUGGACCAUACUACGAGAACACCCCUGCCUCUGGAUCUGAGGCCACAUCCCCCGGGACACCCCUCACCGUCUCUGUGACCACGGGAUCACCCGGAGUGUCCAUGUUUGUGGCAGGCACGGGGCAGAUCGUGACCAGUCCCACUUCAGCCGCUGGGGGUGGGGUUACAGCUGUAGUGGCAAACACGGGGGCGGCGGGUAACGGAUCUGAUUCUGGAGGGGAGGCUAACGGCAGCAGCGGUAGUUACGUGAUUCAGGGUGGCUACAUGCUUGCCAGCAGUGGGAGCAGCAGCAGCGGAAACGGACAUGGUUAUCCGCACCCCACCCGUGCCUCUCCGUCCACCGUGAGUAUAAAUGAAGGCGAGGACAAUAGCAUGCCUUCAGCAGACAAAAAGCUGUCCUCUGGCCCUCAGGUGCAGUGGUUAUUGGAUAAUUAUGAGACCGCAGAAGGGGUGAGUUUGCCCCGAUCCACACUCUACUGCCACUACCUGCUGCACUGUCAGGAACAGAAGCUGGAGCCCGUGAACGCAGCGUCCUUCGGGAAACUCAUCCGCUCUGUGUUCAUGGGGCUGAGGACUAGACGCCUGGGCACACGAGGAAAUUCCAAAUAUCACUAUUAUGGACUGCGGAUUAAAGCGAGCUCAUCUCUGAUCCGACUGAUGGAGGACCAGCAACACCUGGCCAUGAGACAGCAGCCCUUCUCCCAGAAACAGAGGUUGAAGCCGGUACAAAAGAUGGAGGGAAUCACUAACGGCAUGUUGUCCGGAUCUGGACAGCAGCAGCAGCAGCAGAAUUUAGGUCUGUCGGACAUCAGUACACAGGUGCAGCAGUACCAGCAGUUUCUGGAUGCAUCCCGAUCCCUUCCAGAGUUCCCAGAUGUUGACCUGCAGGGUAAAGCUUUGCCAGAGGGCAUUGAGCUGGAACAUCUCAAGAACUUUCAGCUGCUCUACAGAGAGCACUGCGAGGCCAUUCUGGAUGUGAUGGUCAACCUGCAGUUCCCUUUGGUAGAAACACUUUGGAAAACAUUUUGGAGGUUCAGUGAAAGUCAUACAGGAGAUGCAGCAUUAUCUUUGCAUGAUGAGUCAGAGAAGCGGCUUCCCAAGUCAUGUUUGGUGCUGCUGUGUAAAUAUGAUCCAGUGCUUCGCUGGAGCCGCGACUGCGAUAACACACUGUACCAGGGCCUGGUGGAGAUGCUCAUCCCAGAUGUUCUGAGACCCAUUCCCAGUGCCUUAACACAAGCCAUCCGGAACUUUGCCAAGAGUCUUGAGAGUUGGUUGAAUAACGCCAUGAUGAACAUUCCUGAAGAGAUGGUUCGUGUCAAGGUGACUUCUGCGAGUGCGUUUGCGCAGACUCUGCGCAGAUACACCUCUCUAAACCACCUGGCACAGGCAGCGCGUGCCGUUCUGCAAAACACUGCGCAGAUCAACCAGAUGCUCAGUGAUCUUAACAGAGUGGACUUUGCCAACGUGCAGGAACAGGCCUCAUGGGUUUGCCGAUGUGAAGAUCGGGUGGUGCAGCGGUUGGAGCAGGACUUUAAACUGACUCUCCAGCAGCAGAACUCUCUGGAACAGUGGGCCGCCUGGCUGGAUGGUGUGGUCUCACAAAUCUUAAAGCCGUACCAGUCCAGUUCUGCCUUCCCUAAAGCAGCUAAACUUUUCCUGCUGAAGUGGAGCUUUUACAGCUCUAUGGUAAUCAGAGAUCUGACUCUGCGCAGUGCUGCCAGCUUCGGCUCUUUUCACCUAAUCCGUCUGCUCUAUGAUGAAUACAUGUAUUAUCUGAUAGAGCACAGAGUCGCACAGGCCAAGGGUGAAACACCGAUUGCUGUCAUGGGAGAGUUCGCAAGUCUUGGCCGAAGUUUGAACCAACUGGAUCCUGAUAAAGAAGAGGAAGAGGAGGAGGAAGAAGAGAGUGAAGAUGAGUGUCAGGAGUUAUCUCUGCAGACUGAUGGGGGCGCUAUUGGGGACGAAUCUCUGGAACCGCCUGCCAAACUGGCGCGAACCGACCAGAGGGUGCUGUUCAGCACAGGAUCCAUGGACAACUGAGAACUUAAAUACACAUACACACACACACACACACACACACACACACAUGUACAAGCACUCCCUACACAAUAAACACCAAUCAUUUGUACACUUAAAACCAAUACCAAUGCAUCUAUGAAGCAUAAAUGCUGCAGAUUACACAUUUACACAACAGUUGGAUGUUCAUGCUUACAUUUCCUGCCUGUCAAUGUCUUAAGCAUAUACAUAUACACAACCAUUCACUGUAACACAGAGGCGCAAAAAAAGCCACCCUUACACACUCAUUACAUGCAUGCCCUCCGGCAAAAGUAUCAUAUCGAGAUCUUAGACAGGAUCAGGACUAAACUAAAAACUAAACUAAAUGUGUGUGUGUGUGCGUGUGUUUCCGUCAAUAAAAAUAGCUCUCAAAUCUAAAUCAGAUUCGGAUAGCUGCAUAGAAGAGAAAAGGCUAAAACUGCUGCAAUUGGUUCCCACAAAGUUGUUUGCGAUGGACUCAACUCUGAUUGGCUACUGAUACACCAUAAAAUAAAAAUCAGAUUCUUAAUUAGUAUUUUGUCUUUUUUCCCUGUAAAAAUAUCUGAACAUCCUUAAAAUGAGAUGAAUCUACUUGAGAAUUAAAACGCCAUUUUCAGAGAAUAUAUCUUGAAUUUAAGCAAUAGUUCACCCAAAAAUGAAAUUCCUGGUUCGUAAUAACAGAAUAAAAUAUUUUUGGGUGAACUAAACCUAAAACUUUAGUUUUCCUACCUAAUUAGCACAGCUUUUGUCUUGUUAUAAGCAUAAACCCAUCUUAAAUGGGUUACGUUUCAUACUAAAAAUAAGAAAAAUUUGCCAAAUAAACUACAUUCUCUAAAAACAAGUCUUCAUUCUCAAUUUUGCUCUUUAUGUAAAUGUAUGUUGCUUUAAGGAUGUUUAGAUAUUAUCACCGGCUAAAACACUGAUUAAGAAAAUGAUAAUUUUUGCUGUGUGACUGACUGAAAUUGUCAAAACGUUUUGUUAACUUUAAGUGUGCGUUUGUGUGUUGACGUGAGUUUUCUGCCUAUCCGUGUGUUGUUUUUGUGUUGGUGAGUGACUUGGGACCUUAUUGUUUUUAUUGGCUAGAAUGAGUGUGUGUUUUUGUACCUGUGUGACUGACCGCUGUGGUUCGAGAAAUGUUGGUAGUUGUCUGUCAGUGGUAUUUUUAAAAACAUACCUUUUUUUAAUUUUCAACGCCUUCAGUGACUGCCAUGUCAUUUACUGUUUAUAUCAUAUAACAGCACAGCUCCUUACAAACUCUGUUUUAGGGCUGGUCUACACAUACCUCUAUGACCUAAAGCAGUUUGCCAUUUAGCACUACUGCGGUCAUCAUUCGUAAUGAAGAAGCCAGAAAGAAGGAGAUUUAUUUUCAUUCUAAGAUUCAUUCAUUCAUUCAUUGUGGUCUUAUAACCUUUCACGGCCCUAUUUUUUUCCCUCCUUUGUUGCACUUCUUUCCCUGAUAUCGCUCUCAAUGUCGUCUUAAACUUGGUGCAUUAAAUGUUACUGUCCUUACAUACUUUUUACUAUGGUCACAAAGUGACAAUCUCUAUGUGUACAGCAUUGUACUCACACUGUUUAGUGCAUAUUUGAUGGUUUGCUGUGUAUUUGAGAUUUUAGGUGAAGAUAUUUGACUAGAAUCCUUCUAAAACACUUGACGCCACUGCCACUCCAGUAAAGAGGAAAUUGUAAAACUAGAGCAAUCCUUAAAGGAACAGUUCACCCAAAAAAUGAAAAGUCUUUCAUCAUUUACUUGACCUCAUGUUGUUCCAAACUGUAUGACUUUCUUCUGUGGAAUCCAAAAAGAUUGACAGCCUCACAUUCUGCCUAACAUCACCUUUUAUGUUACACUGAAUAAAGUCAUAGAGGUUUGGAACAACACAAGGGUGAGUAAAUGAUGACAUAAGACAGGGGGGACUAUCCUUUUAAACCCUUUCCCCUUUAAAUCAAAUCAACCCAUUUGUCUUUAUAUAUCUAGGACUGAUUUGUUAAAACUACAUCCCCUUCUGUUGGAUAUAUACUGUACACUCACCUAAAGGAUUAUAAGGAACACCAUACUAAUACUGUGUUUGACCCCUUUUGCCUUCAGAACUGCCUUAAUUCUACGUGGCAUUGAUUCAACAAGGUGCCGAAAGCAUUCUUUAGAAAUGUUGGCCCAUAUUGAUAGGAUAGCAUCUUGCAGUUGAUGGGAGAUUUGUGGGAUGCACAUCCAGGGCACGAAGCUCCCGUUCCACCACAUCCCAAAGAUGCUCUAUUGGGUUGAGAUCUGGUGACUGUGGGGGCCAUUUUAGUACAGUGAACUCAUUGUCAUGUUCAAGAAACCAAUUUGAAAUGAUUCGAGCUUUGUGACAUGGUGCAUUAUCCUGCUGGAAGUAGCCAUCAGAGGAUGGGUACAUGGUGGCCAUAAAGGGAUGGACAUGGUUAGAAACAAUGCUCAGGUAGGCUGUGGCAUUUAAACGAUGCCCAAUUGGCACUAAGGGGCCUAAAGUGUGCCAAGAAAACAUCCCCCACACCAUUACACCACCACCACCAGCCUGCACAGUGGUAACAAGGCAUGAUGGAUCCAUGUUCUCAUUCUGUUUACGCCAAAUUCUGACUCUACCAUCUGAAUGUCUCAACAGAAAUCGAGACUCAUCAGACCAGGCAACAUUUUUCCAGUCUUCAACUGUCCAAUUUUGGUGAGCUCUUGCAAAUUGUAGCCUCUUUUUCCUAUUUGUAGUGGAGAUGAGUGGUACCCGGUGGGGUCUUCUGCUGUUGUAGCCCAUCCGCCUCAAGGUUGUGCAUAUUGUGGCUUCACAAAUGCUUUGCUGCAUACCUCGGUUGUAACGAGUGGUUAUUUCAGGCAAAGUUGCUCUUCUAUCAGCUUGAAUCAGUCGGCCCAUUCUCCUCUGACCUCUAGCAUCAACAAGACAUUUUCGCCCACAGGACUGCCGCAUACUGGAUGUUUUUCCCUUUUCACACCAUUCUUUGUAAACCCUAGAAAUGUUUGUGUGUGAAAAUCCCAGUAACUGAGCAGAUUGUGAAAUACUCAGACCGGCCCAUCUGGCACCAACAACCAUGCCACGCUCAAAAUUGCUUAAAUCACCUUUCUUUCCCAUUCUGACAUUCAGUUUGGAGUUCAGGAGAUUGUCUUGACCAGGACCACACCCCUAAAUGCAUUGAAGCAACUGCCAUGUGAUUGGUUGAUUAGAUAAUUGCAUUAAUGAUAAAUUGUACAGGUGUUCCUAAUAAUCCUUUAGGUGAGUGUAUAUGUGAACGGUGAUUAAUGCUAUUGUAGAUUUGAAUACUGAGCAAUGGGGCAGUGCACGAGAUAAUGACUGUUCUCACACCAGCAAGUUGUUUUCCUUCCAUCUGAUUCUCUUGGUAGGUCCACAAGAAGACAUAUCACAAGUCUGUAGGACAGCCAUUUUCAUAACAAAAUGAAUAGCCCUUUUCACUUUUUUGAAGUCCGUUUCUUGCUCAGAACAAAAAAGGAAAAACCCCACACACAGAAAAGCAGAUGAACGUGUGGCAGUGUUUUGAGUAAUCUGAACCAUGGGAAUGGUUGUGCCUUUUGGAGUUAUCAAAUGAAAUCCAUAUGUUUUAAUUUAAAAUAUGAAUAAAUUAAUAAUUUCUUUUUUGAA